UGGAGGGAUAAAUUUGUGGAUGGAAGGAUGGAUGGAUUUGUGGAUUGAUUUGUGGAUGUGUGGGAGGAUGAAUGAAUGGGUUGAUGGAUGGGGCAGGAACAUGUAAUUGCAAAAGUAUAAGGCAAAAAUAUGUUGAAUAUGGAUGAAUGGAUGAUGGCCAGACUUCACCUUCAGUGCCCUGAAGAGUUUUUUUUUUUUUUUUUUUCUUUCAAAUCAUACUUCUGUCAGAGUGUUUGUGUUUACUUAUAGGGAAGUAUAACUCUACAAACACACACACACAAUAUCUAUCCAGUAUUUAGUGUGAGAACAGGUAGUGGGAGUCGAGGUUGAAGCAGGCAGUCAUGAGAACCGUCACCUCCAUCAGUUUCUCAGUGCUUGGUCUUUCAGCGCUGUGGCUGAUGGAGAACUCACUGGCUCUUACCGUCACUGGAUCUGUGGGAAGCAACAUCUCAGUCACCUGCAGAUAUCCUGAAACAUACGAGAAUAACAGCAAGUUCUUCUGCCAGAUGAGCGACUCGUUUGCUCAGAGAGAUCCUCAGUGUGUUCAGACGACCCGGAGAGAGACGAGGUCUGAACGAGGGAGAAUGACUCUUCUGGAUGACACCAGCUCUCAUGUUCUCACAGCUCUCGUCUCUAGACUGGCUCCAGAAGACUCUGGAAAGUACUGGUGUGGUGUAGAUAUCAGUCUGCUGCCUGACUUCACCUCCGAGAUCUGGUUAACAGUCACCAAAGGUGAGAAACACCAGAGCUGAAGACUCACUGUCCUACUGAAUAUCCUUAAUAUAUGAGCAGUUGAAGUGAUGUGACUGUCCUCAAAGGCUCUGUGUUUGUUAUUU